GACUGAAAAAAUUUAAAAGAUGAUCCCGAAUCACUAACUUUGCUGUCGUUUGAAGAUGAUUGAAGAUGUCUUGUCAGUUGCAGAUCUCAAUCCUUAAAUAUUCUUCAGAAACAGUACUUGGAACCGUCACCUGAACGAUUACAACGCCUCCUCUCAACCGUCUGCUAACUCUUCUUUUGCUGACACGUGUUCUCAACCGAGCAAGCUAUUAUUCUCACUCGCUCUCCGCAGCAUCCGACCUCCACAACAACCAACACUUCGCUCAUCCAACUGCUGAUCAACCAACUUUUCUAUCCGACCGCAAACCAACAGACUUGCUUGUCCGACCGCGAACCAACCGACUUGUCAAUCCGACUGCAAACCAACCGACUUACCUAUCCGACCACAUACCAACUGACUUGUUAGUCCGACCGCAGACCUUCCGACUUGUUGGUCCGACCGCAAACCUUCCGACUUGCAGACCAUCCGACUUGUUGGUCCGACCGCAGACCUUCCGACUUAUUGGCCCGACCUCAGACCUUCCGACUUGUUGGCCCGACCGCAAACUUUCCGACUUGCAGACUAUCCGACCUGCUGACCUUCCGACAUGUAGACUGUCCGACUCGCAGACCAUCCGACCUGCGGACUUUCUGAUCCGCAGACUUACUUCCCUAUGGACCAUCCGACCUGCGGACCAUCCGACCCGCAGACUUACUUCCCUAGAAAUACAUCCAAUUUACCCAAUUAUCUUGAAAUACCCCUUAAUUAGUCUAACAGACCCAAUUGUAGGCCCACAUCUUCAUCUAACUUGGGCUUUUUAACCUAAUUAUAAAUUUCAUACGUAACAACUUGCCCGCCGCCAUCGGACUUUCAAACGACAUUUCUCAAUCGCCGUUUGGAAGUUCGCAAUCUGUAUAGAACAACACCCCUUCUGUGGAACCGCUUCUGCAACUGCAACCAUUUACUGCAACACCUUGUGUGCCACAAAACUCUCCAUCUUCACUACUGGCUUUUGCUGCUCUCAAUCUCUGCAACUCCAAAUCAUGGCAAAUCAAUACAUACCGGCACUUCCCUUCGACGGAUCAGUUCCGGAAACAACUUUUGUUGCGUCGAAAAUGCUCACUCCUACUAUUCGCCCAUACUGCACCACUCCUGAAGACGCCAACCGAAUGAGAGAGGUCUUGGAAGCAGGAAAUCCACUCGUUGUCAAUAAUCCCAACUACAACGCUAUCCGUCUCUAUGACAAUAUCAAAACGCACCUAACGGAUCCCAAAGAUCCCUACUGCACCUGGUACAAAAGGGUAGUAGAACGUUUUCACGAUCAAUGGAAACGCCAACAAAUCGACCAGGCAAUACUUCUGUCUACUCUCCCAUGUCAUUUACAUGAGAAAGUUCUUUUAGCGAUGUCAGCGUUCUAGCACUCGGAGAUGGGCGUUUUCCUUCUUCCUACAGCCCCUAUCGGCCCCACACUCAUGGAUGUGGCCAUGAUCGCACAUCUGCCAAUUGUGGGAGAAGACCCUGUAAUGGGCGCCCUAGAUGGACAAGAGCCCAGCACAGACCAUUUGGGUUGGUCUCUGAGUGGCGUAAAGGAAUGGGGCUGGACCAAAUUUUUAACCGACCAACAAGGAGCAAACGGGACCCCUGUGACCGACCGUGAGCAUACAGCUUUCCUGUUUUUUUGGCUCUGUAUGUAUAUCGUAAUUUCUCCUUCGAAAUGUGUCCUUCCCUCUCAUCUUGACCUGGCUAUACAUAUAGCUUUAGGUCGUUUCUUUUCUUUGGGCACUCUCUUCCUUGCCAAUCUUUUUGAAGGGCUAUCCAGGGUUAGCACCCGUCUUAUAGAUAAAGAUGGCAAAAAAUUAGAUACCGCCGCGUCGGGCCCUUUUUGGUUCUUGGAAUUGUGGUUCCGUCUCUAUUUCCCCGAAGUGUUCCAACUCGGGCAACCCCCUGUCACUCCCCCACCUGAAAAAUCUCUGGGAAUAGCCCUUAACCGACUUUGUUUAGGUCGCAACAACCUCCAAGCAUCCGACCCUAUCAUAACUGCCAUUCUAGCUGAUGACCGUAGUAACUCCCGAUUUUACAUGCAUAGAAGGUAUGUCGGUUAUGCAUCCGACCUCUUCUGGCCAUUCCCUAUAUCUUCACCUUUGUCCGAACCAAACCGACUUCCUCAUCCAACUUAUUCCUUCUCCUGGGAUGCUUCUCUCAAACCCAGGUCUUUAUUUGCCAGUAAGAAAUUUGAUAAGAAAGGCCACAAAGCGUUUUAUACAUUCAGCUAUCAGUCUCAGUUUUUGGCACGCCAAUUCGGAUGCCAACAAGGCUUACCUGGCCCCAUCGCCUGUCCACAUCUAAUAAUUCAAAGUCUGGACGGGAGUCAUCCCUGAAUUAAUCGCUCCUUAUGUAUCCCAACUUACCGAUUACAUAACUUCCAACUCCUACAUUCCUUUCCGAUCUUCUCCAGCUUCAAUUGAAUCCUUCCGCGAAUGGUGGUCGGUCACCUGGGCUUAAUUGCUCUUGACAAGGAUCGCCUACUGAGCAUUCUCCUACCACAGCCUGCCUUGGUUUUAGGGGCGGCCCAUUUGACCAACACCCGAGGAAAAGUGGUCACCCCAGGCACUGGAUCAUGCACCCCACCGAGGAAAAGAAGAGCUUCUCAGACUCAAGCUAUCCCCUUCCCUGAAGAAAAUCAACGGACUUUGAGAGACCGUUCAUCAGGUCGGUCACCCGUAAAGACCCGACCUCGACCAGGUCCGACCCUGGCCAGAGCGACCGUCCAGGCUGCUUCAAACCCAAACAAAUCACCAGAGUCACCAACCGACCAGCUUCACGAACUUGAACCCCCGACCAAACGACGGGCCGCACUGCAAACGCCUUCACCAGCCGAACUGACAACAACAGGGACUUUAUCCAACAGUGAGGCAACUGCCUCACAGAUGGGUAGGUUGCCUUAUGUCGCUUCAGACCCCUCUCUUCCUAACAUGGAGCCAAUGGCCACACCUGCAUCCGCCUCCGCCUCAGUCGCCUCUGGUGUUGUCGCCUCUGCUGCAGUUUCUUUUGCGGCAGUCCCCCCAAUUGACAGAGAUGUCUCUGAUACGGCCAUCCGUAUCGCUCCCGACGAACCGGCUGCAGCCGCCCUAGACGCAGCCGACCAAAGAGCAGCCGACUUGAGGGCAACCGACCAAAGAGCAGCCGACCUGAGGGCAGCCGACCCUCCUCCAGAAGCAGACAGACGGGAAGAAGAACCCGCAGUUGCCCAACGGAGUGGUCUUUUACAAGAGUUACAAGAAAUCCCCUCCUCUGAUUCAGAGACCUCUGUUAACCUGGGACCCAGAUCCAUACCACAGCGUCCAUUUGAAGCAGCCGAUGAGUCGGCCAUUGAAAUACCAGUCGCCCAUCCUUCCAGACCUAUAACAGUCCUGGCACCUUCUGCGACCACGAUCCGUCCAGAAGGAUGUCCUGAUCUAGCCCCUUUGUCGGCUGUGCCAAUUCCGAGGGACGCCCGAACUAUAAUUGCAUAGGCUGUUGAUCGACAUUUCCCCGACCUGGGAUCAAACUUUCUUGAAGGUCUUCUUCAAGCCAUUGGUGGCCUUCUAUUUCAAAUUUCGUCAGAAUCGCCUGCCGCCCCCAUUCUCCACCGUCUGAUGGAGUGACUAUCCGAACUUCGAAAUGACAUUUUAUUUGCUCAAAUCGUGACAGUCAGAGCAUCCUUACCCGACUUGGAUCAAAUAAGUCUGGAGGCUUCCUUGACUAAACCCAAGGAAUCAAUUCAACAAGCGACUGGAAGACUGAAAAGCCUCUCUAACGCCAAAACACAGAUAGAAGAAUCAAUUCAACAGAAAGAGGCAGAAUUGAGAAAACUUCAUCAAGAAAAAUAUGUUCUGGAAGGCCACAUAAGCAACGAGUGGCGCCUGAUUGAUCAGUACAAGAAAAAUGAAGCCGACUUGGACCAAGAACUGAAGGUGCAUGCCUGAUCUCAAUUCAUAAGGCAAUACCAGUCAACUGCUAACACCAGGUGACUUUCCAAGACAGAGGACAAAUGG